GAGUUCGUUCUAUCGUCCUGCCCGUUUCCUGCGGCCAGUGGCCAGCCCCGGCUCAGACCCCAGACGAUGUACCUAUCUUGGCGUAUUGUGAAUAGGAAGUAAAUAUUGUCUGGUCAUGAUUCUAUUUGAGUGACGAUUCUUCGCCCAUUAGAACCUACCCCACGGCACCUCCAGCGCGCCGUCCUCCAUGCCUGUAACGACUUGAAUCCGCUUCGAGUCGGUAAACCGAAAGUACACCGUCCACGACUUCCUAACACCCGGCCAAGUGUCCUUCUUCCAAAACGCGUUCGUCAUGCGGAUCUGUCCCCUUCUUCCUUCGAAGAACUUGGCAAGUUCCUGCAACACCCACGGCGUCUCGAUGCGUUCCGGCCCGUACAACGCCGCCAAGAUCUCCACUGAGCCGUUGUAGGGAAGUCCCGUCCGCCACGGCCGGUGGAUGGUCUGCACAAAAUCCGAUGUUCUGUCUACGGCUUCUUGCUCGGCUAGGGCGUGCUUGUCGGCCCAGAUACUGACGACGGCGGUGUGCUCGGGAAUGUUGAGUAGAUGCAUUUCUCCGUUGUUGUUCAAACCCUCGCGUUGGUAGAGCACUGUCAAUGUUUUGACGGCACCGUAAGCUGGAUCGGGCGUCAACACGUUGUAGAGAUUGUACAUGUCCAAGGUGACUCUGUCGUCGGAUGCCACCAUGGCCCGAAUGUCGUCUGUGACACUGACGCCACCCCAGGUAGCACCGAUAAUAAUCAGCCGAGGCGGCUGGUUGGGGAGAUGGGGGAACAUGUUGUCGUGAUGUUCUGCUCCUUGGUAGGCUUGGCUGAGGCCUACGUCACUACUGCCCAUAUAUAUAUCGGUCUUUGAGUAUUCAG